AUGACGGGAGAAGCAAGUGGCGUCACUUCUCGGCUGCAAAACGUGUGUGCGCCCUGCCUUCAUCAAUUUGAUCUAGUGAUGCAGAGUGUCUAUUCGAGUGCAAUGGACGACAAGUUUAUCAACAUUGACGGGGCUGAGUGGUCACUUGCGGCGUCAGAAGAUUUGGGUCGCGAUAAAGUGCUCAGUGAGCUACAUGAGCUUCCACGCGAUCUGGUGCACUCAUACUGCGCAAUGUCUGGCAUGGUUGGCCCACUAACCAAGAAGGGUAUUGACACAAAGAUUACACAACAGCCUACAGAGAUCUGCGGAAACUACGCGCUAUCUGUAAAAGUGCGCUUUUGA